AUGUUUGUUGUUUGGCCUUGGCAGUUGGAUGUAGUGAUAAUGCAAAGGGAAGACGGGACACCAAAGUCGUUGGAACAUCAAUCACGGUGGUACAAAACAUGUCAACAACGAAAGCACGUAUUGCUGCGUGAUGAUUUGGCAAUGGCUAAGCUCAAAGAAUGGAAUGUUAAUGCUGCUUUAAAGUUAUUUCAGGGAAUUUCUUCUCUAUCUAUUGUUCAUCUUCUUAACAUUUACCUAAGUGAGUAUUCUGGUGUGGUGGAUUUGGUUCUAUUAUAUCUGCCCAUGUCAAUAUUCAUUACGCGAGCAUCUAUUGUGGUUGUCAAGAGACAUGCCCAGUUUAUGCCAUUAUUGAAGGAGCAAACUUUGAAUUUUCUAUUGAGACUCAUGAGGCUCCUUAUCUGUUCCUUUAUAUUGAACUAUCAGUUAAAGGAGCUUCUAUAUGACAAAGAGAAGCUGCUUGAAAAUGGGGAUAGAUGGAAAACGGAAAUUGCAGAGAACCUGAUAUCUGAAAGCCUUUAUCGCUGA